AUGUCGAAGAAGCCGGCGGCGCAGCCCACGCUGCACAAGGUGAUAAUGGUGGGCUCCGGUGGCGUGGGCAAGUCCGCGCUCACGCUGCAGUUCAUGUACGACGAGUUCGUCGAGGACUACGAGCCCACAAAGGCCGACAGCUACCGGAAAAAAGUGGUACUGGACGGGGAGGAGGUCCAGAUCGACAUCUUGGACACGGCCGGCCAGGAGGACUACGCGGCCAUCAGGGACAACUACUUCCGCUCCGGCGAGGGCUUCCUCUGCGUCUUCUCGAUCACGGAGCCCGAGAGUUUCGACGCCACCCAAGAGUUUAGGGAGCAGAUCCUGCGCGUGAAGAACGACGAGAACAUCCCGUUCCUGCUGGUGGGCAACAAAUCCGACCUGGGGGAGAAGAGGCGGGUGCCCCUGGACGCGUGCAGGGAGCGCGCCCACGCCUGGCAGGUGCCCUACGUCGAGACCUCGGCCAAGACGCGCGACAACGUCGACAAGGUGUUCUUUGACCUGAUGCGCGAGAUCCGCUCGCGCAAGUCGGACGACAGCCGCGCCGCCAACGGCAACGUGCGCGACAAGGCGUUCCUGGCGCUGAUCCGCGCCAUGUCGCAGCAGAAGGCGGGGGCGGCGCCCGAGGGCGGAGGCGCCGAGCCCAAGAGCCGCUGCGCGCCCCCCUGCUGCCGCCUCGUC